AAAGUUUCCAUCACCAUCGUCUGAACAGCCACGUCUCUCAUCGAGAUCAACGGAGCACGCUUCCUCACCGAUCCAGUCUUCGAUGAAGUCGGGACGGAGUAUGCAGUCACGCCGGAUGUGUCAAACAAGAGCAUUCUUGGCCCAGCGCUUUCGCCUUCCGAUCUGCCUCCCUUUGACGCCGUCUUACUUAGUCAUGAGGACCAUCCGGACAACUUGGACCACUCGGGACGGAUGUUGUUGGAUGGUCGUCAUGUCUAUACGACCGUCGACGGACAAAGGAAUCUCUCUCCGCGACCUGGAGUGCACGGGAAGGGCGAAUGGGAGAGUACGUCGGUCAUUCUGGCUGGACAGCGAUUCACGAUCACCGCCAUACCGGCAAAGCACGUUCGCGGUGGCCAAUGCUUAGGAUUUGUCAUCGAGUGCGAGAGCCUGGCUCGGACUGGUGACUUGCCGAAUGCGGUCUAUUUUACCGGUGACACAGUGCUCACCGAAGAAUUGCUCAAGAUCAAGGAGAAAUGGCACAUCUCCAUCAUGCUCGUCAGCCUGGGCAACGCACACGUGCCUGGUCCUGAAGGACUUCUCCAGGUAACAAUGGGAGCUCGGGAUGCCAGCUUGCUAGCUCACAAACUCGACGCAGACACCGUCACUCCGCAGCACUUUGACUCCUGGGCUCAUUUCACAGAAUCUAGCGCUGAGGCACGUCGGAUCUGGGAGGAGAUGGGCCUACUUACAUUCAAGUUCUGCACCCCUGGUAUUUUGACCCGACUUUCUUGAGAGUUUAUCAAAGAGCUCGAGGCCCUUUUUAUUUCCCAGCAGUAUAACACGAGAUGCCGCUUUCGAGCUCUUAAAUGUAGGCAUUUGCCCG